AUGGGGGGUGGGAAUGUGGUGUUUUCAGCGUUUAAAUUCCAAUCGUGGCAGAUGAUAGUGGUGGCUCUGCUAUUGAUGGUCGGGUGCUUCUAUGCCGGAACUCUCUUUGGAAAUAAUGCUCCAAUUUAUGCAUCUCAACUUAGCAUCAGUUCUUCUUCAUCUCCUGGUACUUCGACAUUUACAAAUAAAGUUGCUCUUACUUACAGAAAAACACCACUUUUGAUCCCAGAGACUGGUAUGGAUGUAUGCCCAUUGACUUAUAAUGAGUAUAUCCCUUGCCACGAUGUUUCUUAUGUAAAAACUUUGCUUCCAAACUUGGACACUAGUAGAAAAGAAGAACUAGAGAGGCACUGCCCUCCAAUUGAAAAGCGCUUGUUCUGCUUGGUUCCUCCACCAAGAGAUUAUAAGAUACCAAUAAGAUGGCCUACCAGCAGGGACUAUGUGUGGCGAAGCAAUGUGAAUCAUACACAUCUUGCUGAAGUCAAAGGAGGACAAAAUUGGGUGCAUGAAAAGGAUCAACUCUGGUGGUUCCCUGGUGGUGGUACGCAUUUUAAACAUGGCGCAGUUGAGUACAUUCGAAGAUUGGGAGAUAUGAUAACAGAUGGAACAGGUGAUCUAUGUUCUGCAGGGGUCACUCAAGUUUUGGAUGUCGGUUGUGGGGUUGCCAGCUUUUCUGCUUUUCUUCUUCCCUUGGGUAUACAAACAAUGUCCUUUGCUCCAAAGGACGGCCAUGAGAAUCAAAUUCAAUUUGCUCUAGAGCGAGGCAUUGGUGCAAUGAUUUCUGCUAUAGCAACAAAACAAAUGCCAUAUCCCACUGGCUCUUUUGAGAUGGUUCAUUGUUCUCGGUGUCGAGUUGAUUGGCAUGAAAAUGAUGGCAUUUUACUAAAAGAAAUGAGUCGCCUUUUGCGAUCUAAUGGAUACUUUGUCUAUUCAGCUCCACCUGCUUAUAAAAAGACUAAAAACUAUCCAUUAAUUUGGGAGAAGCUAAUGAAUCUGACUUCAGCAAUGUGCUGGAAACUCAUUGCUCGAAAAGUUCAGACUGCAAUCUGGAUUAAACAAGAUGAUCUGUCAUGCCUCCAGCACAACUCUGAACAGAAGCUUAUAAAUUUAUGUGAUGCUGUGGAUGAUUCCAAGUCAUCAUGGAAUACACCACUGAAGAAUUGUAUACAAGUAAGGGGUGCACAAACAGAUUCUCCAAAACUCCCUUCUAGAUCUGAGCGCCUUUCGGUGUACACUGAGAGUCUUAGCAGAAUAGGUGUUACUCAAGAGGAAUUUACUUCAGAGACCAUCUUUUGGCAAGAUCAAGUUCGACAUUACUGGAGGUUGCUGAAUGUCAAUAAGACAGAAAUCCGAAAUGUCAUGGACAUGAAUGCUUUUUGUGGUGGAUUUGCUGUGGCCUUAAAUGCUUCGCCUACAUGGGUGAUGAAUAUAGUUCCUUCAAGCAUGAAGAAUACCUUGUCUGCCAUUUAUAAUCGUGGUCUGAUUGGUGCUUUCCAUGAUUGGUGCGAACCAUUUUCCACUUAUCCACGCACCUAUGAUCUGUUACAUGCCAACCAUCUCUUCUCUCAUUACAAGAACCGCGGAGAAGGUUGCUUAUUGGAGGAUAUCCUUUUGGAGAUGGACAGGAUAAUAAGACCCCAGGGAUUUAUUGUCAUUAGAGACGACGAAACCAUUACAUCAAGGAUCCAGGAUCUUGCUCCAAAAAUUUUGUGGGAGGUUGAAUCACAUUUGCUGGAAAACAAAGAGAAGAAGACAGAAACUGUUGUGGCUUGUGCGAGCUGGAUUGAUAGUGGACUGGACUGGGUUGCUGGAGUGUGUGGGUUUGGGCUAGACAUAGAUAUUCCUUCGAUAGGUUUUUAG